CUGAACUGCUUUCUCGCUAAUGAUGCGGCGCCUGCAAGCUCGUUACCGCAAUUGAGAGGCUGUUGUGCCCAACUGCGACUCCUGUCACUCACGUCUAGUGCCGCCCACAAAAAGUCAGAGGCUUAUUAACCCGCUAAGCAGAAUCACUUUAUUUAGAGAGCCUAAUUUGCAUGGCUUCAUCGAUGAUACCACGUGAUACCGAAGCAACCUUGCUGAUGAGGAAAGCGAGAUGUGUUUAUUUGAGAAGCAAAACAAGAGCGUCUGACCUUCGAGCUCGGCGUGACCCACGACGAGAGACGUCACAACUACACGUGGUUGCAAAUUUUGAACACAGUUUGUUAAUUUCAGCUUUGAUUUCUAAAACUGGCCAUUGGAAUCAAAUUUCAACUAACCGAUCAAAUUGUUAUAAAAAAAACAUAGUUUUUAAAUUCAAAACCUAAUUAUAAAGUAUAACUGACAAGUUAAGCAAAAAUCGAAUCUCUCUCUCGGCUGGCAACACUGCUUGGAUAAUAAUUAUUGGCUUGCAUCUUUGUUUAUCUCGUCCGGCAGAGAUGCUCACGUUGUUGGGGACGAUGGAGAUUUUUGUAUUGGCUCUGGUCGUUGCGAGCUGUGUAGGGUCUCCGCAGAACAGACGCUCAUUAAUAGCUCCAAAGUUUGAAUUUGCGGACAAUUUGAGUCACUCGGAAUGCGGCCUUUGGCGCUUCGGCGACUACUCGUGGUUGGCCAAAAUCGAGGCGGACGACGAGACCCACCUGCUGAACCACAAACGCCACUGCUUCGGCACCGUCAUCUCCAACAAGUGCAUUCUGACAGCCGCCUUUUGCGUGUCUGGAGCGGAGCCGGCGAAAAUCCGAGUGACUUUCGCCAAGAGCAACUUUACUGCCGGCGGCCUCAGCCCGGUGAAAGUCGACGUGCAUCCAAGAUAUGAAUUGUCCUCCCUGAGAGCGAACUUGGCCGUGCUCACCUUCAACAGCGACCUCUUGAAAAACGGCGUUUUGCCCGUUUGUCUCUGGAACAAGAAAAUCAAAACCGACGGAUCGCUCAUUGCCGAAAACAACGGCGUCGCUACGGUUGUUGGCAAGGAGUGGUCUUUGAAUAAAACGGUCCUGGGCAACUUCCGGGUGGAGGACGCGGCCGCGUGCAGAGAGAGCGCGCCGCCGUCGUUCAGAGACGUUUUCGAAAACUCCAACAUCUGCCUGGCGUACAAAGAUGGCGAGAGCACGUGUCUGAAAGGGUUCGGCGCGCCCAUGCAAUUCAAAGUGGGCGAGCGAUGGUUCCUCAGGGGGCUGUACAACGCCGGCUUCAAAGCGAAUGGCAAGGGCAAGGUCACCGGCGGGGCUGCGGACGAGUGCCGCAGGAACAGGUUCAUCAGCUUCACCGACGUGGCCCUCUACACCGACUUCGUCACCACGCGCAGUGACGUCAAACUCGCCGAACUCCUGCCCACUUCCAUCGUCAAGCCCAAAAAUUACCAGAGCUUUGCGCGGUGCGGCGUGGUGAACGCAAACCUGGGCACGCGGCUGAUUGUCAGCGGCGAGGACGCGCCGCUCAGGGAUUACCCCUGGUCGGCCGCUUUGUUCCGCACGACCCGCUUCCCGCCCUUCUCCAUCACGCACGCGUGCACGGGCUCAUUGAUUUCCACGCACUUUGUCAUGACAGCCGCACACUGUGUGUUCGAGAGCAAUACGCGUCUGACCGAAAACGAUUUCGUCGUUUACCUCGGCAAGGAGAGGAUUUCCCUUGGAUGGACGCCCGACACUGGCGUGCAGAGCCUCUCUGUUAGUAGGGUAAUUCCGCACACCAGAUACGACACGGUGUCGAACAGAAACGACAUUGCCUUGCUCCGAUUGAGUUCGGCGGCGGAAUUCUCCCAAACGAUUGUCCCGAUUUGCAUUUGGUAUAAAAGCAGCAACGAGGCUCUGGUGGUCAACAAAAACGCUUCGCUGGCCGGCUGGGGUUUGAUUGAGGGCUAUGAAGACGCGGACAAGCUGCAGAAACUGGACGUGCCCAUUUUGGCGCGCGAGCGGUGCAAAAAAAUUGAGAACCAGCAGAGUUAUUACUCAACCAAGUUGACCUCCAGCACCCUGUGCGCCGGCUACAUCAACGAGGGCCGGAGUCCGUGCAACGGCGACAGCGGGGCCGCGUUGGUGCUAAAGGACGGCGGCCGCUUCUACGUGCGGGGAAUCGUGAGCGAGAUCGUGGGCAAGAACAUGAAGUGCAAGAGUGACUUUCCGGCCGUCUUCACUGACGUCGCGCCCUAUCGCUCAUGGAUUCUCGAGCAGACCAGCGGAGAUGUUGAAUUUGACUUUAUUGAAUAAUAAAAAACGUCACGGACUAGCAAUAAAACACUCGAUUCAAAAACGACAA